AUGAUUGAAGACAACGAAGUGUUUGCCUCACAUGACGUGGUGUCACUUUUCACCAACACCCCCAUCGACAAGGCCCUAUCAGUCAUAAGAGACCGCCUAGAGAAAGACAAGACCCUAAAAAAUAGAACCAAGCUGAGUGUGGAUGACAUCAUGAAUCUAACAGACUUUAUUUUGACUACAACAUACUUUCAGUUCAGAGGUGACAUAUACCAACAAAAGUUUGGCACCGCUAUGGGAAGUCCAGUAUCUCCGAUAGUGGCUAACCUGUAUAUGGAGUUUUUGGAAAGAGAAGCCAUUGCAACUGCUCCGGUGACAUGUAAACCAACCUUGUGGAAACGCUACGUAGAUGACAUAUUAGAGAAGAUUCAGAGAGGACAACUACAGAACCUCACUGACCACCUCAACACUGUAGACGUUACCAAUAACAUCAAGUUUACCCACGAAGAAGAAAGCAACGGGGCCAUUCCAUUCUUGGAUACUCUCAUCACCAGGAAGGAAGAUGGUAGUAUCAAACUGCUAGUAUAUAGAAAGAAAACCCACACGGACCAAUACCUGAAUUUUUCAUCCCACCACCCAUUACAGCACAAGCUGAGCGUGGUCAGAACUCUAUUAGACAGGUGCUACAACCUCGUCACCGAAACUGAAGAUAGAGAUAUAGAGGAAGAACAUGUAAAACAAGCUUUAGGCCAGUGGCUAUCUGAAGCAGUGAGCCGGGUGUUUAAUAAACAUCGAGUCGCCACGGCCAUGCGCCCACAUCAGACACUACGCAACAUCUUAGUGCACCCCAAGGACAAACAGGAAACAACAGAGAAAGCAGAAGUAAUUUACAAAAUACCUUGUAAAAAUUGUGAUAAAGUCUACGUGGGAGAAUCGGGGCGAAAAUUUGGAAUAAGACUGAAUGAACACAAAAAAGAUUGUGAAACAAACUCAAAUAAGGCAUUUACUAGAUCAACUAGAAAACAAUCAGAAUCGACAAUAGAAAAAAGUGCAAUCACAGAUCACCAGAACAUAAAUAAUCAUGAAAUAAACUGGGAGGGGGCACGCGUAAUAGAGAGAGAAUCAGACUGGAGAGUGCGAAAAACGAAGGAGGCUAUUUGCAUCAAAACUGAGGGGGCAGUUAUGAACCGGGACGAGGGGGCCUUCCUUUCUGGGAUUUACAACCCACUUUUCGCCGGAUUACGGAAAUUCGGCGGGAAGUCCCGAGUGUCAGAGCUGCGAGUGAGCGAUAGUCAGGCCAGUUACUCUGAUGAUGUCCACAGUGUUGGACGAAAAUUUCAGCUUUAA